GAGAAUGGCGGUGAGGCAGAAGAGGGUGAAGAGGGCGAAAAGGAGAAGCCUGAGGAGGGCGAGGACAAGGGGGAGGAGCAGGAGGAGGAGCCUGAAGAGAUGAAAAUCGAUGCCGCUUCGCUGGAUCCUUUUGCUGUGGAGGAUGUCAUAGACCUCGGAAACGGUGAUCCGCUGUUUGCGGAGUUUGCCUUCGAGGACUGGAUGCUGCUUAGCUUGAGAUUCGAGCUACACCUGCUGUGUCAUGCUUUCCGGCACGACUUGGACGAUCCGGAUCGACCGAGCUUCAAGGAGACCCACUUCGCCUUCUACUACCAGAAGUACUACAAGCGUGUCUUCAAUUUAAAGAACUUCGGCGUGGAGACGACUGAGGAGUUGGUCAACCUGGUGAAAGACACCGUGGAAAUGACCAGCACUGGCACCCUCGAGCCCCAACUGAGCAACGACACACCGCUGGACAACUUUGUCCGCCUCACGGAGGACUCCCGAAGAGAUCGACAACUUCGAAUUGACUCGGGCGAU